AUGGAUGUGGAAAGCUCGACCUCGAAGUUAGUGGACGAGGAGGGACACGCUUUCCGCGUAAAUGUUGUACCUGAAUACAGUAAGCGCGUUCCUCGUGCUCUGAAAUAUCGCCGGGUGCGUCAGCAACGUCGCUUGAGGCAAAAACAGCUGCAAGGUGAUGUAAGUGCUAAGCAGGACAUCAUUAUCCCUCCUGAGACGUGUAGGAAGGUGCCAGUCGACGUACAUUUCAGCCGACAUCUCGACUCCGUCUACGUUGAGUCCAAGCUUCUAUCCCACGGGAAUAUCGAUGAAGUUUUCGGAGCGCCGGACACCCUCCUAUACAAGGACAAUCCUUUCCUCCAAGUCUCGAACUUCUCGUCGAAGCCAGUGACCAUCGCUCACGGCGAGGUAUUGGGUACAUGCCGAAAUCCCCGAAAUUGGCUGGACAGUUCUAGCAAGAUGUCGGCCGGGGCGCGAGCGAAAAUCGAAGCUCAUAGUAGCUUUCUGCGGCAUCUAGACGCCACAUCGUGCUUGCCUCCUCCCGCUGACGUCCAUGCCAUCCGCUCCGAAUCUAACAUCAGCUCAAAAGCGCAGCGCAAUGCGACCGAGCCGGACGACCCCGCAGCGACAGAUCCUGUGGAAGGAGGCCCAAAGACAUCCUUACCGCCCGAAGACUUCGUAGACAGCGCGCGUCUGCUCGACGAACUCGACAUCUCUCCCGACGUCAACUCGGAUCAGCGAGCACGGAUCGAACAGACUAUCGUCAAGCAUAAAACCGCCUUUGGUCUCGAUGGCCGCCUUGGGAACUAUCCCGCUCAUGUCGAGAUCAAGUUGAAGCCGGGUACGCAGCCAAUCUCUCUCCCACCAUUCCCGGUCUCUCCAGCGAAGCGCGAGGUCAUU